CCACCAUGGCCGAGGAAGGCAUUGCUGCUGGAGGUGUAAUGGACGUUAAUACAGCUUUACAAGAGGUGCUGAAGACCGCCCUCAUCCACGACGGCCUAGCACGUGGAAUCCGCGAAGCUGCCAAAGCCUUAGACAAGUGCCAAGCACAUCUGUGUGUGCUUGCAUCCAACUGCAAUGAGCCCAUGCAUGUCAAGUUGGUGGAGGCCCUUUGUGCUGAGCACCAAGUCAACCUUAUUAAGGUCGAUGACAACAAAAAACUAGGGGAGUGGGUAGGCCUCUGCAAAAUAGAUCGAGAGGGAAAACCCCGUAAAGUGGUUGGUUGCAGUUGUGUCGUGGUUAAGGACUAUGACAAAGAGUCUCAGGCCAAGGAUGUCAUCGAAGAGUACUUCAAAUGCAAGAAAUGA